UGUCCACAUCUCAUCAUCUCUGCCUGUGGUCCCGCCUGGGGCAUAACCAGGCAACUUCCUCCAGGUGUCUUGGUUCGGGUGAGUCUCUUCAACUGUCCCCCAUAUCAACUUCCUCCAGGUGUCUUGGUUCUGGUGAGUCUCUUCAACUGUCCCCCAUAUCAACUUCCUCCAGGUGUCUUGGUUCUGGUGAGUCUCUUCAACUGUCACCCAUAUCAACUUCCUCCAGGUGUCUUGGUUCUGGUGAGUCUCUUCAACUGUCCCCCAUAUCAAUUUCCUCCAGGUGUCUUGGUUCUGGUGAGUGUCUUCAACUGUCCCCCAUGGCAACUUCCUCCAGGUGUCUUGGUUCUGGUGAGUCUCUUCAACUGUCCCCCAUAUCAACUUCCUCCAGGUGUCUUGGUUCUGGUGAGUCUCUUCAACUGUCCCCCAUGGCAACUUCCUCCAGGUGUCUUGGUUCUGGUGAGUCUCUUCAACUGUCCCCAAUGGCAACUUCCUCCAGGUGUCUUGGUUCUGGUGAGUCUCUUCAACUGUCCCCCAUGGCAACUUCCUCCAGGUGUCUUGGUUCUGGUGAGUCUCUUCAACUGUCCCCAAUGGCAACUUCCUCCAGGUGUCUUGGUUCUGGUGAGUCUCUUCAACUGUCCCCCAUGGCAACUUCCUCCAGGUGUCUUGGUUCUGGUGAGUGUCUUCAACUGUCCCCCAUGUCAACUUCCUCCAGGUGUCUUGGUUCUGGUGAGUCUCUUCAACUGUCCCCCAUGGCAACUUCCUCCAGGUGUCUUGGUUCUGGUGAGUCUCUUCAACUGUCCCCCAUGUCAACUUCCUCCAGGUGUCUUGGUUCUGGUGAGUCUCUUCAACUGUCCCCCAUGGCAACUUCCUCCAGGUGUCUUGGUUCUGGUGAGUGUCUUCAACUGUCCCCCAUGUCAACUUCCUCCAGGUGUCUUGGUUCUGGUGAGUCUCUUCAACUGUCCCACAUAUCAACUUCCUCCAGGUGUCUUGGUUCUGGUGAGUCUCUUCAACUGUCCCCCAUGGCAACUUCCUCCAGGUGUCUUGGUUCUGGUGAGUCUCUUCAACUGUCCCCCACAUCAACUUCCUCCAGGUGUCUUGGUUCUGGUGAGUCUCUUCAACUGUCCCCCAUGUCAACUUCCUCCAGGUGUCUUGGUUCUGGUGAGUCUCUUCAACUGUCCCCCACAUCAACUUCCUCCAGGUGUCUUGGUUCUGGUGAGUCUCUUCAACUGUCCCCCAUAUCAACUUCCUCCAGGUGUCUUGGUUCUGGUGAGUCUCUUCAACUGUCCCCCACAUCAACUUCCUCCAGGUGUCUUGGUUCUGGUGAGUCUCUUCAACUGUCCCCCAUGUCAACUUCCUCCAGGUGUCUUGGUUCUGGUGAGUCUCUUCAACUGUCCCCCAUGGCAACUUCCUCCAGGUGUCUUGGUUCUGGUGAGUCUCUUCAACUGUCCCCCAUGGCAACUUCCUCCAGGUGUCUUGGUUCUGGUGAGUCUCUUCAACUGUCCCCCAUGGCAACUUCCUCCAGGUGUCUUGGUUCUGGUGAGUCUCUUCAACUGUCCCCCAUAUCAACUUCCUCCAGGUGUCUUGGUUCUGGUGAGUCUCUUCAACUGUCCCCCAUAUCAACUUCCUCCAGGUGUCUUGGUUCUGGUGAGUCUCUUCAACUGUCCCCCCAUAUCAACUUCCUCCAGGUGUCUUGGUUCUGGUGAGUCUCUUCAACUGUCCCCCAUAUCAACUUCCUCCAGGUGUCUUGGUUCUGGUGAGUCUCUUCAACUGUCCCCCAUGGCAACUUCCUCCAGGUGUCUUGGUUCUGGUGAGUCUCUUCAACUGUCCCCCAUGGCAACUUCCUCCAGGUGUCUUGGUUCUGGUGAGUCUCUUCAACUGUCCCCCAUAUCAACUUCCUCCAGGUGUCUUGGUUCUGGUGAGUCUCUUCAACUGUCCCCCAUAUCAACUUCCUCCAGGUGUCUUGGUUCUGGUGAGUCUCUUCAACUGUCCCCCAUAUCAACUUCCUCCAGGUGUCUUGGUUCUGGUGAGUCUCUUCAACUGUCCCCCAUGGCAACUUCCUCCAGGUGUCUUGGUUCUGGUGAGUCUCUUCAACUGUCCCCCAUAUCAACUUCCUCCAGGUGUCUUGGUUCUGGUGAGUCUCUUCAACUGUCCCCCAUAUCAACUUCCUCCAGGUGUCUUGGUUCUGGUGAGUCUCUUCAACUGUCCCCCAUAUCAACUUCCUCCAGGUGUCUUGGUUCUGGUGAGUCUCUUCAACUGUCCCCCAUGGCAACUUCCUCCAGGUGUCUUGGUUCUGGUGAGUCUCUUCAACUGUCCCCCAUGUCAACUUCCUCCAGGUGUCUUGGUUCUGGUGAGUCUCUUCAACUGUCCCCCAUAUCAACUUCCUCCAGGUGUCUUGGUUCGGGUGAGUCUCUUCAACUGUCCCACAUAUCAACUUCCUCCAGGUGUCUUGGUUCUGGUGAGUCUCUUCAACUGUCCCCCAUGUCAACUUCCUCCAGGUGUCUUGGUUCUGGUGAGUCUCUUCAACUGUCCCACAUAUCAACUUCCUCCAGGUGUCUUGGUUCUGGUGAGUCUCUUCAACUGUCCCCCAUGUCAACUUCCUCCAGGUGUCUUGGUUCUGGUGAGUCUCUUCAACUGUCCCACAUAUCAACUUCCUCCAGGUGUAUUGGUUCUGGUGAGUCUCUUCAACUGUCCCCCAUAUCAACUUCCUCCAGGUGUCUUGGUUCUGGUGAGUCUCUUCAACUGUCCCCCAUAUCAACUUCCUCCAGGUGUCUUGGUUCUGGUGAGUCUCUUCAACUGUCCCCCAUAUCAACUUCCUCCAGGUGUCUUGGUUCGGGUGAGUCUCUUCAACUGUCCCACAUAUCAACUUCCUCCAGGUGUCUUGGUUCUGGUGAGUCUCUUCAACUGUGCCACAUAUCAACUUCCUCCAGGUGUCUUGGUUCUGGUGAGUCUCUUCAACUGUCCCCCAUAUCAACUUCCUCCAGGUGUCUUGGUUCUGGUGAGUCUCUUCAACUGUCCCCCAUGUCAACUUCCUCCAGGUGUCUUGGUUCUGGUGAGUGUCUUCAACUGUCACCCAUAUCAACUUCCUCCAGGUGUCUUGGUUCUGGUGAGUCUCUUCAACUGUCCCCCAUGGCAACUUCCUCCAGGUGUCUUGGUUCUGGUGAGUCUCUUCAACUGUCCCCCAUAUCAACUUCCUCCAGGUGUCUUGGUUCUGGUGAGUCUCUUCAACUGUCACCCAUAUCAACUUCCUCCAGGUGUCUUGGUUCUGGUGAGUCUCUUCAACUGUCCCCCAUAUCAACUUCCUCCAGGUGUCUUGGUUCUGGUGAGUCUCUUCAACUGUCCCACAUAUCAACUUCCUCCAGGUGUCUUGGUUCUGGUGAGUCUCUUCAACUGUCCCCCAUGUCAACUUCCUCCAGGUGUCUUGGUUCUGGUGAGUCUCUUCAACUGUCCCCCAUAUCAACUUCCUCCAGGUGUCUUGGUUCUGGUGAGUCUCUUCAACUGUCCCCCAUAUCAACUUCCUCCAGGUGUCUUGGUUCUGGUGAGUCUCUUCAACUGUCCCCCAUAUCAACUUCCUCCAGGUGUCUUGGUUCUGGUGAGUCUCUUCAACUGUCCCCCAUGGCAACUUCCUCCAGGUGUCUUGGUUCUGGUGAGUCUCUUCAACUGUCCCCCAUGUCAACUUCCUCCAGGUGUCUUGGUUCUGGUGAGUCUCUUCAACUGUCCCCCAUAUCAACUUCCUCCAGGUGUCUUGGUUCGGGUGAGUCUCUUCAACUGUCCCACAUAUCAACUUCCUCCAGGUGUCUUGGUUCUGGUGAGUCUCUUCAACUGUCCCCCAUGUCAACUUCCUCCAGGUGUCUUGGUUCUGGUGAGUCUCUUCAACUGUCCCACAUAUCAACUUCCUCCAGGUGUCUUGGUUCUGGUGAGUCUCUUCAACUGUCCCCCAUGUCAACUUCCUCCAGGUGUCUUGGUUCUGGUGAGUCUCUUCAACUGUCCCACAUAUCAACUUCCUCCAGGUGUAUUGGUUCUGGUGAGUCUCUUCAACUGUCCCCCAUAUCAACUUCCUCCAGGUGUCUUGGUUCUGGUGAGUCUCUUCAACUGUCCCCCAUAUCAACUUCCUCCAGGUGUCUUGGUUCUGGUGAGUCUCUUCAACUGUCACCCAUAUCAACUUCCUCCAGGUGUCUUGGUUCUGGUGAGUCUCUUCAACUGUCCCCCAUAUCAACUUCCUCCAGGUGUCUUGGUUCUGGUGAGUCUCUUCAACUGUCCCACAUAUCAACUUCCUCCAGGUGUCUUGGUUCUGGUGAGUCUCUUCAACUGUCCCCCAUGUCAACUUCCUCCAGGUGUCUUGGUUCUGGUGAGUCUCUUCAACUGUCCCCCAUAUCAACUUCCUCCAGGUGUCUUGGUUCUGGUGAGUCUCUUCAACUGUCCCCCAUAUCAACUUCCUCCAGGUGUCUUGGUUCUGGUGAGUCUCUUCAACUGUCCCCCAUAUCAACUUCCUCCAGGUGUCUUGGUUCUGGUGAGUCUCUUCAACUGUCCCCCAUGGCAACUUCCUCCAGGUGUCUUGGUUCUGGUGAGUCUCUUCAACUGUCCCCCAUGUCAACUUCCUCCAGGUGUCUUGGUUCUGGUGAGUCUCUUCAACUGUCCCACAUAUCAACUUCCUCCAGGUGUCUUGGUUCUGGUGAGUCUCUUCAACUGUCCCCCAUAUCAACUUCCUCCAGGUGUCUUGGUUCGGGUGAGUCUCUUCAACUGUCCCACAUAUCAACUUCCUCCAGGUGUCUUGGUUCUGGUGAGUCUCUUCAACUGUCCCCCAUGUCAACUUCCUCCAGGUGUCUUGGUUCUGGUGAGUCUCUUCAACUGUCCCACAUAUCAACUUCCUCCAGGUGUCUUGGUUCUGGUGAGUCUCUUCAACUGUCCCCCAUGUCAACUUCCUCCAGGUGUCUUGGUUCUGGUGAGUCUCUUCAACUGUCCCACAUAUCAACUUCCUCCAGGUGUAUUGGUUCUGGUGAGUCUCUUCAACUGUCCCCCAUAUCAACUUCCUCCAGGUGUCUUGGUUCUGGUGAGUCUCUUCAACUGUCCCCCAUAUCAACUUCCUCCAGGUGUCUUGGUUCUGGUGAGUCUCUUCAACUGUCCCCCAUAUCAACUUCCUCCAGGUGUCUUGGUUCGGGUGAGUCUCUUCAACUGUCCCACAUAUCAACUUCCUCCAGGUGUCUUGGUUCUGGUGAGUCUCUUCAACUGUGCCACAUAUCAACUUCCUCCAGGUGUCUUGGUUCUGGUGAGUCUCUUCAACUGUCCCCCAUAUCAACUUCCUCCAGGUGUCUUGGUUCUGGUGAGUCUCUUCAACUGUCCCCCAUGUCAACUUCCUCCAGGUGUCUUGGUUCUGGUGAGUCUCUUCAACUGUCCCCCAUGGCAACUUCCUCCAGGUGUCUUGGUUCUGGUGAGUCUCUUCAACUGUCCCCCAUAUCAACUUCCUCCAGGUGUCUUGGUUCUGGUGAGUCUCUUCAACUGUCACCCAUAUCAACUUCCUCCAGGUGUCUUGGUUCUGGUGAGUCUCUUCAACUGUCCCCCAUAUCAACUUCCUCCAGGUGUCUUGGUUCUGGUGAGUCUCUUCAACUGUCCCCCAUAUCAACUUCCUCCAGGUGUCUUGGUUCUGGUGAGUCUCUUCAACUGUCCCACAUAUCAACUUCCUCCAGGUGUCUUGGUUCUGGUGAGUCUCUUCAACUGUCCCCCAAUAUCAACUUCCUCCAGGUGUCUUGGUUCUGGUGAGUCUCUUCAACUGUCCCCCAUGUCAACUUCCUCCAGGUGUCUUGGUUCUGGUGAGUCUCUUCAACUGUCCCCCAUAUCAACUU